UUCCAAAUUUUAACAACAACCCACAUCAAUUUUCAUCAAUUUAACUUCAAUUUCAAAAAAAAAACUUUAAAAAUUGAUUAAAAAUGGUGAAACCCAAUUCAAAAGAUACUGAAUUUUCACCUUCAUCGUCAUCGUCAUCUUUGUAUCGGGGAGUAAGGAAGAGGAAAUGGGGGAAAUGGGUAUCGGAAAUUAGAUUACCUAAUAGUAGAGAAAGAAUUUGGUUGGGUUCUUAUGAUACGCCGGAAAAAGCUGCUAAAGCAUUCGACGCCGCACUUUUUUGUUUGCGGGGUAAAGGGGCUAAUUUCAAUUUCCCGGAAAAUCCACCGGAGAUUAUGAACGGAAGGUCGAUGACUCCGUCGGAGAUUCAAUCGGCGGCGGCACAGUUUGCGAAUAAUACAGAACCCGAGCUUAUCCGGGUCGGACCGAGGGAGAAUUCGGAUCUUUCUUCUUCCUCAUCGGAAAUAUUCCUGGCGGAAUCGCCGUCGGUGUCAGUUUCCGAUAGAGUAGAAAGUGAAAAGACGGAAAUAACCUUGGGUAAUGAUUUUAUCAAUAUGUAUCGGGUGGAGUCACCGGUUUCCGGGAGGGUAGAAAGUGAAAAGACGGAAAUGUCCUUGGAUAAUGGAUUUAUGGACAUGUUUUCAUCGUUGGGGACGGUUAAUGAUAUGUCCGAUUUCGGAAUUUUUCCGGGGUUCGAUGAUUUAUCGGGUGAAUUUUUUAUACCACCACCGUCACCACAACCAUCGCAAAUGCCUAAUUUGGAAUCAUUAGAAGAAGAGAAUUAUUUGAACUACGAUGGAUUUCAAUCACAAGGGACUUCAUUUCUUUGGAAUUUUUGAAGGAUCUAAAAAUUGUUACAUUAUAUUCAUUAAUGGUUAAUAUUAUAAGUAUAAAAAUUAGAAAUAGUACUUUAUUUGUUGAUUUUGUGGACACUUCUAGACAUUUUUUUGGUUGCUAGAAUUGUUACAACAUAUGUGAUUUUCUAUACAUAAGAGGAUGUACUUUUUUGACUAAUCGAUAUGAAAAUCACUUUUUAUUAGUAAAAUUGUUUGGAAGAGAAA